AUGACGAUGAUGUUCGAUCUUACGCAGGAUUUGGUGAAAGAGAUAUUGUCUAGGGUUCCGAUAACUUCCCUAGGAGCAGUGAGAUCCACUUGCAAAGGAUGGAACGCUUUAUCCAAAGAUCGGAUUCUAUGUAAAGCAAAACCAAAACAGCAGUUUCAUCAAGGGUUCAUGCUGUCUGAUUAUAGGCUUCGUUCAAUGAGGUUCAAUAUCUCUGGAACCUUCAAGGAAAAUGGUGAAGAAUUCGUUAACUUAUCAGUAAAGGAGAUUGGUAAUUUUCUUAAUAAAGUUGAGAUAUCUCAUAUGUAUUACUGCGGCGGUAUAUUGUUAUGUGUCACCACGGAUACUAGGCUCGUGAUUUGGAACCCGUAUUUGGGGCAAAUCAGGUGGAUCCAACUCAAAACAGAAACUAUGUAUUCCACGUUUUGUCUCAGAUAUGACAACAACAAAAACCACAAGAUAUUGAGGUUUCUCGAUAAUAAACAGGGCUCAUACGAAAUUUACGAUUUGAAGUCUUAUUCAUGGAGGGCUUUUGAUGUCAUUCCCAAGUGGGAUAUAGAUGAUGAUGGGCAGAGUGCAUCGGUAAAGGGAAAUACUUACUUUAGGACGAUAGAUGAAACCCCAAAUUUACUAAUCUGUUUUGAUUUUACGGCAGAAAGAUUUGGAAAGCUUCUUGAUCCACCUUUUCAGCAUGGUUGGAUGAGUCUAUCCUGGGUUAGAGAAGAGAAACUCGUAGCCUUAUAUCAGCACUUGGAUACAUCUAUGAUAGAGAUUUGGAUUACUACUAAGAUAGAGCCCAAUGCACUAUCGUGGACCUCCUUCUUAAAAUGUUAUAUUGAGCAACUCAUUGCUCUUGAUUUUUGGUUUGAUAUAGAUUACAACAAUUUCUUCAUUGACGAGGAGAAGAAACUCGCGGUGGUUAUUGAUAAAGUCGAAUCUGAAGACUGCAAAAGAUCUAAUUCUCACAUCAAUUCUUACAUCAUUGGAGAUGAUGGCUACUUGAAAAAAAUGAAUAGUCUUGGAAACACUGCAAGAUCUUAUACCGCAAUUAUGUUAUCUAGCUGUUACGUUUCAAGUUUAGUGCAAAUUGAUGAUCCCAUUGCAAGACGCAGAAGAAGAGAGAGGAACAGCAAACGAAAAGAGAAGAAGAGGAAGGGAACCACCAACAACAAGGUGUAA